AUGGACGCGAUGCAGCCUGUAUCUGUCCCGUGGCUUUCAGCUAUUGUCCUACUCUGUUCUUUCUUCACCACACAUACUCUUGAUAAUACGAUUCACGAGCACAUGACGGCCGACGAACUGCGCAGCGUAUUCCACGUGGAACACCACAGCCUAGUCCCACAAUACCACCUCAUUCGUCUAACGCACCACAUGGAGCGACGGAACAUACCACAUUCGCACCCCUCGAAUUCCCACUUGUCCACCUCCAGUAAAAUACCGCACGAAAAGUCCGAAUCGUUACUGAACGACGAAAUGUUCGUUAAAGCAAAGGACACGAUGAAAGAUAUAGAUUUAAUUGGUGAUUUAAAUAAUACAGUUAGUGUAGAGUUUGGGGAUUUUAGUGACAGUGAUAGUGUGCAUAAGAUAGAUUUGGAAGCGUUUGGGAAGAAGCUGCAGUUGAACUUGAAGAAGCAGGAGGGCUUAGUGAAGAAAGACGGUCUGAAGGUGUGGAAAGCCUUAACGAAUGAGUCUCAACCGCACGGCGUGGAUUACGAGGAAAUGGUUUCGGAAGGUGAUGAAGAUCUAGGUGAUUUGUACCACGAUGAUGAAAAUGGAGCAGCUUUACUAAUCAGGCGGCAUCCCAAACACGGCCAACUUGUAGUGGAAGGCUCAAUCGGGCACGAUUUAGUGAUCAGGCCGAUUCCAGACUCCAUGACCGGUGCUGCUCAGGAUGACGAAAUGUUCCUAGAUCCGAGCAGUAUGGCUGACAUGGUGUCAAUAGAUACAGGGUUGCCGCUUGUAAAAAGGAAUAAGAGUGGUCAAGAAGAAUUACAAAGAAGGUUACAAGGAGCCCAACAUGUAAUUAUAAAGAGAGAUCCAGCAACCGGCGACCAUCUCAGUGAUUAUGCAUUCAUGGAGCCAGACCACCUGAGCAAGCGGUACAGGCGAAGACGCUCCACAGAUUCACACAGCCGCCGGAAACGGGAAGCCUCUUACGUCAUCUAUCCGGAAAUACUUGUCAUUGUCGAUUACGAUGGAUACAGAUUACACGGCGGGGACAACCUCCAAAUAAAGAGAUAUUUCGUUUCGUUCUGGAACGGUGUGGACUUAAGAUACAAGUUACUAAAGGGGCCUAGAAUACGAAUUUCUAUUGCUGGUAUUAUUAUUUCCCGGGGACGGGACGCGACGCCCUAUCUAGAAAGAAAUCGUGUUGGUCGAGACGCUAUAGAUUCGGCUGCAGCGUUGACUGACAUGGGCAAGUAUCUAUUCAGGGAAAGAAGACUGCCUGUAUACGACAUUGCUGUCGCCAUCACUAAACUAGACAUGUGCAGGAGACAAUACGCGAACGAUGCGUGCAAUAGAGGGACAGCAGGUUUUGCGUACGUUGGUGGCGCGUGCGUUGUGAACAAGCGAUUGGAGAAGGUGAAUUCUGUGGCCAUAAUCGAGGACACGGGCGGUUUUUCUGGUAUCAUUGUUGCCGCUCAUGAAGUUGGACAUCUACUAGGCGCAGUCCACGAUGGAAGUCCGCCGCCCUCGUACCUUGGUGGUCCUGGAGCCGAGAAGUGCAGAUGGGAAGAUGGCUUCAUCAUGUCAGAUCUUCGGCAUACGGAGAAAGGGUUCCGGUGGUCGCCCUGUAGUGUACAGAGUUUCCACCAUUUUCUGAACGGUGAUACAGCUACUUGCUUGUACAACUCACCACACGAAGACGACUCUUUGCCGAGGGUCCUUCCUGGUCGUCUACUAACGUUAGAUGCGCAGUGCAGGAAAGAUAGAGGCACGAGCGCCUGUUUCAAAGACGAGCGGGUGUGCGCGCAACUAUUCUGCUUCGAUGCAGCAAGCGGUUACUGCGUUGCGUACAGACCUGCUGCGGAAGGUUCUCCUUGCGGCGACGGGCAGUACUGUAUAAACGGGCGAUGUAUAACAGAACAUGAAAACAUAAUUCCUGACUUCUCGCAACACACGCCGAGCUACAUAAGGCCUGAGACGAGUCCGUUCUUCGGAAACAUUACGAGUAUCGAAGACACAACACAGCCAUACCAACUAGUAGCUGCUACUGAGCCAUUCCAACAGAACUAUUACAAUGAAAGAAUAAACCAAGAAACCACCACUACCACCACCACCACGACAACAGAGAGCCCAUACCAAUAUUACUUCUACACACAAGAACCUAAAGAAAAAACAGAGAAAGCAACGGAAGCUACGAAAUUCCCGCCAUCGCUAAACUUAUAUUCAGUAUCGACAACCCGAAGCCCAUACGACUUUCAGGACUUCUAUUUGAGGACCACAAAAGCCGAGCCUAAACGCGGCUUCUUUAGCAAAGACGACUUAGAGCACUACUUUUCCCGUACAACGAAAAGCCCUUACCAAGACAAAGGAAUCAAGUCUAUAUUUAAAUUUGGAACAUAUUACAAUCAAAAGUCUUCGGACAACUCAAUUAGACCAGACGCCAAUUCACAACAAGUACAAAUUGAGCCGGCGAGAUUAGUUUACUCCUAUCAGAGGAAUUUGACAGGACCGCUCAUAUAA